AAAAAUUCAAGAUGUCGUCUCGUGUGGCUGCAGGAAGCAAUCUCUCUUCCAACCAAGAUCCACGAAGAGAGAACAGAAUAUAUCGAUAUAUUCCUGUGACAAAUAAACCUAAUCAAGAUCCAUUGCCUGAUUAUGUUAGUUUGUUAGGAAUGAUAUUUAGUAUGCUUGGUUUAAUGAUGAGAGUAAGUGGAAAUAAAUUGUGUUCUUUGUGUAAUUGAGUUCAGUGAGUGUUUUUCAGCCUAGUUCAUGUUCAUUAUUCAUAUGAAUACGGUAAUAUAGUACGUUGUGUGUACAUUCAGCGUCAUAUGUACUCGGCUUGGCUAGAAGUGUAUGGUAAAAUAUUCCAUGAUAUAAUAAACAUCUUGUUGCUCAAUUACACCUCAAUGGCCAAUGCCAAAUUAUUUUUAUAUAAAGGGAAUUAAGGGAAAUGUCCAGGAUAUUAACCCAUUGAAUGACAUUAUGGCAGCACUUUUCAUGUGAGGGAUAAAACCAUUGGGCUUUAAUAGAGAGUAAAAUAAUAUAUAAUAAAGUAGGGUGCAUCACUGUAUCAGGGUGUAUUGCCCCUUAGAGGGUUAACAGCAGGGCGAGAAAUAACGGCUGGAGGGUUGGCCGGCAUGGUGACUGGCCAAAUCAAUUUUAGCUAGGACAUAUCGAAUUUCAGACCGGUCAAAUCAUUCAGCUUAAUUUAAAGGAAAGCCUAAUAAAGUGUACACAUUCCUUUAUUUAUUUUUCCAUUUAAUCCUUCUGUAAAUAGAAUAGUGGUAAUAGUGGCAAAUGACUUAAUUUCUAUGUGUACCUGCAGUACUUUUGUCAUGAAAUCAUGAGGAAAGUCGUGCUCGGUGUGCAACAAGCAGCAAAGUCUAUAGUUUUAAUGUUGGGGUCAGGUGUCAAUUGGGACGCAAGUCCUGUUCCUUUCCCCAGUCACACUUGUGUCCUCUGUUUAUUGUAGAUGUAUGCGUAAUGAUUGUGUUGUGACAAAUGAUUAAAUUUAAUUAAAUUAAAUAGUGACAAAAUGAAUAAAUUCCUAAAAAAAUUCCUGACAUACUGUCUGUCAGUCCAUAGUUAAUAGUCAAUCUCUCUUAUCGACUUGUCAAGGUGGAAUGUACCUAUUUCCUAAUGAAAAGUUUUUCUUUGUAUGGAAAUUUCACAAGACCAUGCAGCAUAAUCAGUGGUGGAAAUCUUGGUGGGGGGCGCCUCCCCCGCCCCCACCUUAACAGAAAAUGAUGAAUUUUCAGAAAUUAUGAUCUAAAAGAGGGCUAAAAACAGCCUUUUCGAGUGCAAAUGGGGGGGGGGUUGUCAGAAAUUUGACAUUUUGUCCCCCCCAGAAAAAGUGAACUUCCGCCACUAAGCAUAACAUCCAUUUACACCCCACUACUAUGUUUCAAUUUAGUCCCAAGCAAAGUAGGGUACUCAGUGAGUAGGGGUUUUUGUUGAUGGAAAUUUAAUGUGAAGAACCAGAUAUUUACCAGUUUACACUGUCUGCAUGGCAUCACUUUUAGUUAACUUGUGUUCAAUGCUCAGCAAUUCUCUGUAACUUGGUUGGUUAGAUCCCAUCAAUGAAUCUCUAGUUCUAUCAAAUGAGAUGCCCAAAAUAUUUAACCAUACAUUGGUAUCACCUUACUGUAUAAUUUAUUAACUUUGCCUUGAAUUGAAUGCACUACAUACAAAUUGCAUAAUUUUACAUAGGAAAACUGCAACAGCUGAGGCCAAUUACUGCAGAUCCAUUUUAAACUUGUAUUACAGUCAUUAUAUUAUUUACUGGACUCUGUAGCUCACUUGGUUAGAACACUGUACUGGAAUUGCAGAUUUGAUUUUGGACCUAUGGUUGCAUUUUUUGCAACUGCUCCUGGUUAGGUUUACAAAUGUAACUAUAUAAUUUUUCACCUACAAAAAUCCCUCCAAUUUAAUUAGUUUACCAAUUCAUACAUUAAGAUUUUAUUCUGACAGACAACAAGUUCGUCAGCAGAGGGCAGUGUAAUAUUCACUAUAUAUCAAAAUGAAAAUACCCUGUACCCAUUCUAAAAUACCUCACAUGUUGUUCUAGAUGAAAUGGGCAGCCUGGGCAGCAGUCUAUUGUGCUUUCAUCAGCUUUGCCAAUUCCAAAGCAUCAGAAGAUACAAAACAAAUGUUUAGCAGCUUUUUGUAAGUUUUUUGUCCCCAGCAUACUUGUUUGUUUUUGCAUUUACCAUUACUCAGUACUCAAUACUGAAGGUGGUAUCGUGGUUAUUUUUGUGAAGUGUGACCGAAUUGCCUUUUUAUUUCCAAUGAAAUGGCUAUUUUAAUAUCCAUAAAAAUGCAUGUGAUUUUUAAAGUAGCUCCCAUGAAGCGUGAUAUCCUUUACUUAUAUUUCGUAAAACGAGAUUUAAAGAGAUUCCUGUGAAACAUGAUUUUAAAUAUUUUGCAGAGAGCAGAAUGUAAGAACUUGUCUUCUUGUCUUACCUCUGUGCCUUUCCCCAUAAAGACUAUAAAUAUAUAUUUGAAACUAUCAAAAUGGCCCCCAUUAGAUGUCAUCCGUAAACUAUUAGAAUGUUAAGGUUUGUAAUCCAAGUGAGAAUAUAUACAUUUUAAGACCUAUAUAACCAGGAACGACUGCGAAAAAUGCAAAACAAGGUCCUCUGGUAGGAAUUGAACCUACAGCCCUGCCAUUCCGGAUUACUGCACCGGAAUCGCAGGGCCGUAGGUUCAAUUCCUACCAGAGGACCUUGUGCUGCAUUUUUCGCAGUCGUUCCUGGUUAGGUCUUAAAAUGUAUAUAUUCUCACUUGGAUUACAAACCCUAACAUUCUAAUAUUAAUUCCACCAAGUGAAGUGCAAUCCAAAUUAUUGACAUCCAUACACUACUAUUUAACAAUUAGUUGGUGCUGUGCAAACUCCGGUUUUUCAUCUCCGGCUCCGGCCGAAUUACAGCUCUGAGCUCCGGCUCCGGCCACAUCAUAAAAUAUUAAAUAAAUGUUUUACGAUCAGAGAACAUUUAUUAAUAUUAUUAUGAAUAACCCUUUUCGCGAUUCCUAAUUAUCAGAUAACAUAACUCAGGAAACAAAACAGUGAAAACACUUAACCACGCAGAAAAUAUCUAUAUGGAAACCAGCCUCGAAAAAUCUUUGACACGAGGCAUGACGCGAGGCAUGACGCUAACACUCUCAGACUCCACAUGGCAAUUGUUCGCACACAAACAAAGUAUUUAUUUGUUUUGUACUUUUUCGUUAUCUACAAGGCAUGAAUACACAGACUAUGUAGCGCUAAGUCAGAUGGCUUCAUGAAAGCAUGACGUCAACCUCGUACCCAGGAUCUUUCUUUGGGAAAGACCCUGGCUGUGGCUGGUCACGUGCCUCAUCAAAAAUUUAGCGCCCGAGGGGGUGUGGGGAAAGUAUCAAAUUACAUCAACAUGCUUCCAGUCGGAUAUUCGUUAAAAACAUAAAUUUUGUGAAUUAUUACGUUCAAAAUACUUGCUAAGUUUUGUUUAUUUUCUUUGCUUUGAAUUUACAAGAACAUUCUUACUUACAGCCAAGUCAAAGAAACCAAGCAAAUCGUUACCCGCAGUGCUCGAGUCUCGUGUUGUUUAAAUACUCAAUGCAUGUUCUGUUCACACUCGAGCACGAUUAUAACAAACGUUUAUUGUAAUGUUUUUAAAAUACGCCAUUACAUUCGUCCAUUCUUGUAAAUGUUGAUACGCUUUGCACCGAUUCACUUGUUACUACGCGUCUUGUUUAUAAGAUUUUUAAAAGAAACAGUAUUGUCUAGGACUGGCCCAAUAUUAGCAAAUGUAAAUAUUUGAUAAUAGACACAAUAGCCGAACAGAGAAAUGUCCAUAAGCAUAGAGGAAAUUUCAUUCAUUGAUUUAUCUGGAUUUAGUACAUAAUUUGUAUUCGGUAAUUAUAGUAAGACUUUAGCCUUUUUCUUGGUCUCUAUUAAUCAUUAUAUUAUGUUAACAUACUAUAAUCUAUAUCACAAAUUUACAGUGUCAGAUGCGCACACCGUCAUUGGCGUCAUACGAAUAGACAUAAAUUUUCGAGUUUUCUACUUCUACUAACAUUUUUAAAGUUUUCAUUGUGAAUCACCUGUUUAUCUCUAAUUCAUUAAUCAUUUGCUACUUAUAUUUAUUUGAUAGUGUCAUAUAGUGAAUAAUGCGUUUACACACAAGCAAUCCUGGAUAUGAUAGACGAUGCAAGCUGUCCAUUAAAAAAUAACGGUAUUCUAUUUCACAGAGCAAAAAUUUAAAUCUCACUUGUAUUAUUAAGAAUGCAUAUAAAGCAAAAAAAAUAAAAAAUUAUAGCUUAUUUAUGUCAAAACGAAAGCUGUUUAAAAAUUUAUAAAGGUGGUGAACACUACUAAAGAGUGCUUAUUGAAAGACAUGUAUUAUAUAGUGACAUAUAAUUUGUCGUUUGACUUAUCUUUGGUGUAUGAUUUUAAUACCGUAGAUUUUCAACAGACAACUAUACUUUGACAUAUACCAUGAUCGUUGGUUUCAGCAAUGCCAAGGGCCAAUUUUAUAGUCUUUUGACGGGCUUUAAGUUUUUUUGAUAAGGCCUUUAUAUAGAUCAACAAAUAUCUGGAUACAGUUGGCGUCUUGGCGAUAUUUCGGAAAUCAAAAGAUCUCGCUAUUUCGUUGCAAAUAUUCCACAUCUCAUCAAUAAAUAAAUUCUUUUGGUCCGAGUAUCAGGAUAGACUUUAAUACUAAAUAAAUAACAACCACACUGUUCAGUCUGGAGAUAUAUAUUUUCUUGUAGGUUUAAUAUUGCCACGCUGCACAAGCGGCAAGCCGCCGCAAGCGUGCUUUCUUUGGCAAGUCUAUAAUGAAAUCUGAUCCAACUUGUUUGAAUUGUAACUCGACACCAGAUUAUAGAGUAGAACGUCACGAUAUAAAUAUUAAUUUAAUAAGAGUUCUCUUUACGAUUUCUUGUUGCAAAUUUACAGUAAAUUUCAUCACCCAAAGUUGCAAUUUUAAAACACAACAAACACGCUUCUUUCCCACCCCUCUCACAGUUACAAUUAAAUUUACCUCCCAGAAUCUGGGAGGCACGUGACCAGCCGCAGCCAGGGUCUCUCCCAGAUGACAGAAGGAGAGACCCUGGGAACGAGGUUGUCGUUCAAGUAGUUUUCGAACCAUCGUAAAAGCGUUCCGUUUAUGCCAUGCAUUUGUAGUUUGUGAAGUAGGAUGUCAUGAUCUACAGAGUCGAACGCUUUCGAGAAAUCUAGGUAUAGCACAUCGAUUUGUUUGUUUCGAUCCAGAUUUUUACCAAUGUCAUGUAGUAUACCUAGAAGCUGGGUUAUACAUGAACGAUUUCUUAAGAAGCCAUGUUGGACAUUAUUGAUCAGUACACGAACAAAGGGGUAAAUGUUAUUGAAAACGCAUCUUUCGAGAACUUUGGAAAUUAUUGGCAGAAGGGAAAUGGGACGGUAGUUGGUCACGGGUUCGACACAGUCUUUUUUGUGGAUGGGUAUAACGUUCGCAUGUUUCCAUUCCAUAGGUAGGCGGCCUGUUGUUAAGGACAUGUUGAACAAACUGCAGAGGCUUGUCGAGAUUUCUCUUGAAAAUUCUUUCAGUAGACGUGGUGGUAUUCCGUCUGGGCCAUAAGCCUUUGUUGUGUCCAAAUGGUUAAGGUACUGCUCGACUUCAUUCUGCGAGAUCUGAAUAUCAGAUAUUAUUUCGUCAGUUUUCGGUGUCAUGUUCAGGUUUGCAUCUUGGGAAGAUGACUUCGGAAGAAAAACAGAGGCGAAGAAUGCAUUGAAAAGUUCUGCUUUUUUGUUUGGUGUUGUUGCAGUUGAGUUGUUGUAGGCCUACGUGUUAGCAGGUGGGGAAUUUCUAUUGCGGAGGAUAUGUUUGUGGUAGGACCAGAAUAACUUAGGUGAUUUUGCGAGGGAAUCUUGAACUUUUUGUAUGUAUUGAUGGCGUUUUUGUUUAAUCAAGUCCUUAGUUUCCUGUGUCAACUGACGGAGUUUGCGUUUUGCGCGUUCGUAACUAACAAUCGUUUGACAUUUGUCUCGUUUCAUAUUGUUUUCUUGUCAUUUUGCCGGAGCUGGGAGAACGUAACUCCGGCUCCGGGCUCCGGCAUACAAAAUUCUGCUCCGGCUCCGGCGUUGGAAAAACCGCCGGAGCUCCGGCAGAACUCCGGCGCACAGCACUACAAUUAGUUGCCGAAGGCGAAGUGAAUAUAGGCUUGUAAUCACCGAGCCUGAGGCAACUAAUUGUUUUAGUAUAAUUUCAGUAUUGAAAAAGCUUUAUUUAUAAAUACAACUAAUACAUGUGUCUAUUUUAUGAAUAUAAUUUGCAUAUGUAUUUACUUCCAUCUGAUGUUCAGCCAUUUUUUGGGAAAAGCAAUAGUUACUGCUCAGAGCAGCCUGAGUAGUAAUUAUUGCCUCAGAGUUACUGCUGAGGGAACCAAUCAGAAUGUUCAAAGGCCAUUUUUCAAUACUGAAAUUGUACUAUGGAUUGAUAGGGAUACAACUACCUGUCUGAAAAACACAAGGACUACUUCGACGUUUUGAGCAAAUUACAUGAGCCUGCACUUCAUGUAAUGUCAAUUAUAUACAAUAUUAUUGAAAAUUGUACUCCUGCAUAAACUACACAACUAUGCCAGUUAGUGAGUACAUAUACAGGGUGUAUCAAAAAAAGCGCAAUCCUCGACUGAAAUGUAAAUUGCUAAACAAAUAAUAGACGAAAACGUUAAAGUUUACAUUCAUUUUAAAGCGUAGCCAUUCAGCUUUCUAACAGUGGGUUGUUUCUUAAAUUUGACUCAUUGGUUCGCGGGUAAUAAUACUUUACGUUAUUGCGAUUGGAGAUUAAAAAAAUUGAGAUGGAAUAACAAAUCGUUCUCAUGAAAAUAACUGAUUUUUUCAUUAAAACAAAAAAAUGUUGCAUUUUAUUAAAUGGAUUGUAACAAUAAGUAUAAUUACGGCUUUUCUUCCACUAUUUUUAACUCAGUUUGAAACUUCAAAUGCGACAUAAUUUUGGCUUGGACCAUCUAAGCUGACUGACAUCAACUUGCUAUAAUUUCUGUUUACAUUACAUCGCAAUUCGACGACACUCUGGCUCAGACACCAGAAAUGUUUUGACGAUUUUUAGCAUUCGUUUAGGAUUUUCAAACAACCUGGUCUCUUUUAAAAUACUUUUAAUUUGUUCUUACGUGGUUUUCCAGAUGUAGUGACGACAACAUUAAAGUUUAAAGAAGAAAAUUCUAACAUUUAAACCGACUAAACAAUAACACAGUAAACUUGCAUAAUUAAACAGCAACUAAAAAUGAUAGGUUUUACUAAAUCUUUUCCUGUGCAAUUAUUACUAGCAUUGGAGACAAGGAUAAUAGUUUGUUUGAAAGAGAAAAGAACAGGCUUUGAAGUAAGCCUAAAAGCGUUAACUAGAAAUAGUAUUUCGAAAGUUAUUAAGCACAAAAGAUGAAUUGCGUUUAUUUUGAUACACCCUGUAUAAGGCGAAAGAAAUUUUAGCAUCUUGUUUUCCGUGAAAUGAAAGACUUUUUCUUUUUGAACCAUGAAAAUUGCCAUCUUAUUUUUUUGUGAAACCUGAUGAAUACAAAAGAACAAAUGCUAGACGCAUAACUACAAAGUUGAUAUUCAACUCAUGCUAUCAGCAAAAUAUAUAGAUAUGUCAUUUCGUAGUAAUGAAUGCCCCCACCUUACCACUUUACCAAUACGGCAAUACUGAACUUGUUAUUUGCUGUGUGCUUGGAAUAGAUCAUGUAGUAUUAACAAACUCACUGGAAGUAGGCUGGUCUAAGUGAAUACUAAAAAUCAAACUUUAAUGUGACCUGAAUUUUUUGUCUUACCUUGAUACAGUAUUAAAUAGACAAUUCCUUUGGAAUCACAACUAGAAAGAGCAUACUAAAAUUAGUAAAAUUACAAAGUUUGGUUGCGAAAUGUUGUAAAAUGCGGAAAAUAUAGCCUUGCAAGUUCGCAAAUUUUGUAUACUUUUGUAAGCAAUUUCCGCACGCAAUACAAAAGUAUACAAAAUUUUCAACUUUCUAGCUAUGGUGAUUUAUUUGCAUUUCUUUGCCUAGUUUUAAAAUUAGUCUAUAAUGCGGGAUUUGUCUAUUCUCUUUGACCAGUGGCGUCGCAAGGGUGGAAAAAUAGCAAGGGUGGGUAGUAGCGAAGUAGUUGUAGUUCGCUACUGUAGCGAACUAUAAUUUUCAAGUAGCCAGUAGUUUUUGACUACUUUCUUAAAACAGUAGUUAUAGCGUUCAUAUAGAAUAGAAUGAUAUUAAGACACGGUUUGCUUAAAAGAUUAUUUUAUACAGUAAAGAUUAUUUUAGCGCAAUGAAAAGUGGCACUCCUGAACACUGUAGUGCUUAUAAAAAUGUUGCUUUGACCCUUUUUGUUUACUGUUGCUACUCGUAAGUCGAUCUGUUAUAGGUUAUAUUACAGCCUGAGCUAGUGGAUGCUCCAAAUACCGUAAAACUAAAAAAUAUAGAGUAGCGAAAUAGCGAAAUAGCUCGCUACAUUUUUUAAGCAGUAGCUGUAGUCAGUAGCGAACUACCUUUGUUCAAAAGUAGCAGUAGUUGUAGCUGACUACAUAUUUUUGAAGUAGCUGUAGUUAUAGCGAACUACAAAAAUUUUGUAGUCAACCCACCCGUGACGAAUGCGUGAAAAAAUCCAAAUGCGAGCUCCUGGAAAACCUUAAAGUCCCUGAAAUGCCAUUUCCUGCAAUUUGGGCUAAAUUUUAUAAAAUUACAAAAAUUUACAGUUCCAUCAUAUUUUGAAGUACAUGCAUGUAAUUCUAGUUGUAUGAACUGCGACUGUAAAAACACCCUGGUUAAAAAUUUAGUUAACCUCAAAUUAACAUUGUUUGGGCUUAGUGUUCCUGGUUAAAUUUGCUGAAAUAACAUACUUGGGUUGCACCUAACGUAGGCUGGUUAAUUCAACCAUAUAUUUUUCCUCGUUAAAUUAAUCAGGACUAUGAUCAAGGACAAUGGUUAAAUUAAUCAGGAUUAUGAUCAAGGACAGUGGCUAAAUUAAUCAGGAUUAUGAUCAAAUUAACCAUGACUAUGAUCAAGGACAGUGGCUAAAUUGAUCAGGAUUAUGAUCGAAUUAGCCAGGACUAUGAUUAAGGACAAUGAUUAAAUUAAUCAGGAUUAUGAUCAAAUUAGCCAGGAGUAUGACUAAGGACAAUGGUUAAAGUAAUCAGGAUUAUGAUCAUAUUAGCCAGGACUAUGAUCAAGGACAGUGGUUAAUUUAUUUUAGGGGAAUUUUUGACCAGAGUGUUGAAGUAUUGGAAGAGUUUACAAUAUCCCUUCUCAAAUGUUGUUUUCUACAAAUUUGGAAAAACUAAAAUUUUGUGUUGCCCAUAUUUUACAGACGAGAAUAUUUGACUAAAACUAAGAACUUAUUUUUCAGAUUAUCAGUCUCGGCUGUUGUGAUGUCAUAUCUACAAAACCCUCAACCUAUGACUGCACCAUGGUGACAUCUUGAGAACUUUUUAAUGAAUAUGUGAAAUAUAUUAUAAUGAAAAUAUUAUUUAAUACUCACAUUAUGCAAACUCUCCAUCUACAGUAUUUACACCAUUUUAUGAGACGAAUCAACUUACUGUGUACGCGAUGGAGAUUCUCGGUAUAUAAGCUCGCUCAGGCAACGUCCACACUAAUCUUCGUAGUGUUUUCGUAUUUUACUUUCUGAAACCGCAAGUGAACAUUGAAAAUGUUCUGCAAAUAAUCAAGUAAAUGGACACUGCAACUGUGUAACACUAACUAACAAGUUGUCAAAUUGGAUGUCAUGCAAUAUUUUAACAGAGAAAAUUUAUUUCAGUGCACUGAGAAUCUUAAUAAUUUAUUUCAGUUCACUGAGGAUCUUGAUAAUUUAUUUCAGUGCAAAUGAGAAUCUUAACAUAAAAUUGCAUUUAUGAAGUCAUACCUACAGUACAGGUAAAAUUUUCUCUUUUGAUUAGAAUUUUCUCCCUGAAUAUCUACUUUAUCUAAAUUUUUGCAAUAAUCUUUUUUUUCUUUCUUGGGGAAAUAUUUUCUGGUAGCAAUAGUCCCGUGGUCCGAUACUUUUUCCACCCUUGGUUUUCGUAUUGUUCCAGGUAAUUACACCUCUAUUCCCUUGUGAACACAAACCAAUACGGAAACGCUACGAAAACGCUACGAAAACGGACCAGUGUGGACGUCACAAAACGAGAACCGAGAACUUGUAAACACGCGCUGAUUGGUCCAAAAAUUUAUUGUUAAUUCUUUAAUUAAAAUUCUUUAAACACGGUAGCCAUUCAUGUUCGGAGCUGGUUUUCCAUUGCCGUGUUUCAUACAAUGGUAUUAUUAUCAUUUAUAGACCCGGAGCGAGGGGGAUUCGGCGUAAUAUUUCCCGAAGUGAUGAUAUUUUUCGAGGGGCUUUGCCCCGAGGAAAAUAUCGUCACUGAGGGAAAUAUCGCCGAAUCGCCGAAUUCCCCGAACGGAGGGUCUAUAAAUGAUAUAUUAUACCGAAAGUUAAAGAACUCACUAAGUUCAGAAUAAACUUUAAAACUUGCUGAAUAGUGAAUAUUUAUAACUACGCGAAUACAAUUUUUAAUCUCC